AUGAGUAGCACGGCCACGGUGCCGAGUUUGUUCAGUACUGGGUCAGGGAAGACGGUGACGGUGUCGAAGUCACGGCUGCGCGAGUAUGAGGAGAAGUUGUGCAGUGAGGAGGAGUCUGUGCCUGGUAGCAAUGGUAUCAGCACGACGAUGAGUAGCACGGCCACGGUGCCGAGUUUGUUCAGUACUGGAUCAGGGAAGACGGUGACGGUGUCGAAGUCACGGCUGCGCGAGUAUGAGGAGAAGUUGUGCAGUAAGGAGGAGUCUGUGCCUGGUAGCAAUGGUAUCAACACGACGAUGAGUAGCACGGCCACGGUGCCGAGUUUGUUCAGUACUGGAUCAGGGAAGACAGUGACGGUGUCGAAGUCACGGCUGCGCGAGUAUGAGGAGAAGUUGUGCAGUGAGGAGGAGUCUGUGCCUGGUAGCAGUGGUAUCAGCACGACGAUGAGUAGCACGGCCACGGUGCCGAGUUUGUUCAGUACUGGGUCAGGGAAGACGGUGACGGUGUCGAAGUCACGGCUGCGCGAGUAUGAGGAGAAGUUGUGCAGUAAGGAGGAGUCUGUGCCUGGUAGCAAUGGUAUCAACACGACGAUGAGUAGCACGGCCACGGUGCCGAGUUUGUUCAGUACUGGAUCAGGGAAGACAGUGACGGUGUCGAAGUCACGGCUGCGCGAGUAUGAGGAGAAGUUGUGCAGUGAGGAGGAGUCUGUGCCUGGUAGCAGUGGUAUCAGCACGACGAUGAGUAGCAUGGCCACGGUGCCGAGUUUGUUCAGUACUGGGUCAGGGAAGACGGUGACGGUGUCGAAGUCACGGCUGCGCGAGUAUGAGGAGAAGUUGUGCAGUGAGGAGGAGUCUGUGCCUGGUAGCAGUGGUAUCAGCACGACGAUGAGUAGCACGGCCACGGUGCCGAGUUUGUUCAGUACUGGAUCAGGGAAGACAGUGACGGUGUCGAAGUCACGGCUGCGCGAGUAUGAGGAGAAGUUGUGCAGUGAGGAGGAGUCUGUGCCUGGUAGCAGUGGUAUCAGCACGACGAUGAGUAGCACGGCCACGGUGCCGAGUUUGUUCAGUACUGGGUCAGGGAAGACAGUGACGGUGUCGAAGUCACGGCUGCGCGAGUAUGAGGAGAAGUUGUGCAGUAAGGAGGAGUCUGUGCCUGGUAGCAAUGGUAUCAGCACGACGAUGAGUAGCAUGGCCACGGUGCCGAGUUUGUUCAGAACAAUGUCAGAUAAGUUGUUUUUUGAGGAAAAAGUAUUGUGGGCAAGUAGAAAUGCAGUAAUUGCUGGUGCCAUUGAAGCGCGUUGGGAUAUUAGUGGGUCGGGUGUUACAAGGAAUGGUGAUGACGAGGUCCGGGUGGGUAAGCCGUGUGAAAUUGGACUGUCGAUGAAAAUUCGAGCGGAUGUGCUCGGCAGCCCACGCGAUAUACUAAUGCAUCGGGUUACUGACGCGAACGAUCUUGGUCAAGUUAGUCGCUGCCGAGGUCGGAUCGUUUCAUCGGAUUGGUCGCGUGAGAAUGUACGUCAAAUUGAACCCCACGGUAGUCUAGGCCGGGGCCUUAACUUUUGUGGUGACAAAGAAAACGUUCAUCCUGAGAGUGUGCUUGAUCGAGAAACCGCUGCAUUAGAAGCUUCUAAGGCACGUGAAUCAACGCUCACCUCAAAGCAAUCAAGCUUGAGAUUCGUCCGAAAGCAUCGUGAGCACCAAUAUAAUCGGCACCAAGCGGUGAUGAAAAGGGCACUGAAGCCGUCUAUCGAGCCUCACGCGAAAAUGAUUAGCGAAAGAAGACGAUUUUACCCACCACUUCCAAGCAAGAGAUUGUGCGCCAACGACUCAGGAGGCUUACAAGAUUCUGUUCACCCUGCACCUCCAGGAAGCAAAAGGCGAAAGGCCGUUGCGGUUGGACCUGAACCUUUCGUUUAUCGGGAAAUUAUGAAGGUUUCAUUGACUUCCUUAAUGAGGCCAUAUGAAGAUCAUAGCCUUGUUGAGAAAAUUUCUGAGCGACAUCGACGUGAAGUGCUAAACUGCGUUACUGCAGAAAAUGCCGUCAAUGUUUGCUUCGCUCGUGAUGGUGGGUUGAUGUGCUUUUUUGAAGUAUCGUACGACAAGUCACUUUUCAUGGGUCCGCGUGAGCUAUACCGUCAACUCAGAGUGGAAAAGCAGAUUUUGAAGACAAUGGGGGCGACAUUCACUUGGUUUUUGAACCACUAUCGUUGGAUUGUGUGGAAGCUGGCUGCAACGGAACGGUUCUUUCCUCGCAUCUUGUUAAAAAAGUAUCUGACGAAGGAUCAAGUUUUGAAACAGAUAACCUGUCGACAUCAGCGAGAGCUGAACGAUGCACAGCGCCCAAUCUUAAAGCAAAUUCUAAGCCGAGAUGCAAGCUCGCGAAGCUGUAUGGUCCUCUGCAUUGCUGCAGUGCUGCCAUUUCCAGCUGAAACGACCAAUUUGGUCGACCAGGAACUUCCAGCCUGUUGGAAUAUGGCACUUGUUCUCACUGAUGGGUGGCAUUCUGUGUACGCUGUCCCUGAUGCACCUUUAGCAACAGCAUUGUGGAAGCUUGAUGUAGCUUCAAGCAUUGUUGGGACAAAACUUGCGACGUGGAAUGCAUCAUUACAGAAUUCAUCCGAAGGAAUUGAUCCGCUGGAGUGUGCUAUUGUUCGUGAAUUGCAGUGGAAAAACCCCUUGUUAGCGAAAGAAGACCUGACGGAAUGGCCAUAUUUACAGCUGCGUUACAACAGUACGCGUCGUGUGAAGUUUGAUACGCGCCUGGGAGUGGAGAAACUACGCUAUGUGAUUCCUUCAAAUUCCCGGCACCGAAAGCAACAGCCACAACUCACGUUUGCGUUGUUAAAGAGCAUACCACUAAAGAGUUUAGAGGUCGGAGGUGGAAUGGUUCGAUCGGUGCGAGUCCGGGUAGUUCGCAUUUCUCCUGUUCUUCAUCUUCAAGCGAAGGAAUGGACGCUAGGACCACGAAUUCUUUGCAGCGAACAGCUGCCGCUGUAUUUUGAGCUUCGGUCCGAGUAUGGUAAGGCUGCCGCCCAAAAAAGACGCCAACAAGAAGACUUGGACAGCAUAGGAGACGAUUGGUCAGGUGAUGAUCAGAUUAAUAUACCACUGCCAGUCCCAUUUAUUAAGGUGGACGUGGAGUGCACGCACGCUUCUGUUAACGGCUAUGUCGGAUCGGGUUCCGGCAUUUUGACGAUCUGGAGGCCUUCAGAGGAGUUGCUGUCCGGCGGAAUCAAAGAAGGUAUUGAAUACUUUGUCAGCAGCUUGACCAUUAAUUGGAAGCUCGACGGCGGGCGCAACCAUGAUGCGUUCUUACAACUCAGUUCAACAAAGCUCACUAGGUUUGAGGAAGUUUGUGAUGAAGUUUUACAGUCAGGUGAUGAAGGCAAAAAUGCUGCACAACUGACCCGAGGUCAACGAGUGUGUCUCGAUGUCCAGCAAGCGACAAUGAACUACCGAGAAAAUUUUGAAGAAAUAUUGAACGGCCGGAGAAAUGAACGGAGGCCGGCAAUUGAUGUCUGCGUUUACGUUGUGCUGGUUGCAGCUCGAGAAGCGCAAGAUGAUUUUAUACCUUCAGUGGAGAGGCAGACGGAAGCUUCGCUGCUUGACCCCGGUAUCAAGCUCAAGGAAUCGCGUUAUGUUGAACACGUUUUUGUCACAGACCAAAGCUGUCAUUUGAUGUGUAUUCGCGUAUCUGGUAUGAAUGUUAGCAUGCCGACAAAGACAAACCAAAAUAGCCCAUUAGGGUGCGCUUUGUCUUCUUCGUUCGACUUUCGUCGAGGGAACAAGAGUAUUUGGAAAGAGGGUACGGUUUUGUGUUUGAGUGGUUUGGAGAUAUCGCACUACGACGAGAAACUUCGUGUGUUAGACUGCGUCUUGGUUGAAAGUACGCAGAUUGUGACUUUUCCCUCAAAACAAUCCCCAUACUGGAACCACUUUAACCUACUUCAGCGAGAAGCUGGUAUUGUUGCGACGCGUAGUUCUUCAGUGCGCAACUUUGCAACAGUUAUCACGCAACUGAAGAGGUACGUGGAGCGAGACAUUCUGCAAGUGGAAUGUGUCCCAUUCAAGGCGUGCAACGAGCUCCAUGUUGAGGCAGUGGAACAAGAACGGCUCACACAAGACGUACAGGCUUACGAAAGAGAUGAAGACGUUACAGGGCAGGAAAGAGACGGCAAGGCAUCCAGCACACUCCGACAAUUGACGUGGGAAGCAAAUGUUAUCAAGAUCAUGCCAUUGACUGGCGUUAGUAGAUUGGUGUUCCCUAGUGAUGUGAUAGCAUUUGCGUGUGUGAGCAUUGAGACAGACGACGACACAUUUCGGAUGGUGUAUCUGACUCGUGAAGUGAUGCUAUCGAUGCAGACAUUGCUCAAAGAAGUCGAGUAUCGUCAUCAAGAAGAUGCAGCUAACGGGACCGAUUUUGCCUUAGCGCAGACCAUCACAGAAUUGCUGGGCAAGACCACGAUGUGCAAUACAGAUUUCGUCUUCCGUUUUGAGGUGCGUCAGUUCACAAACGAGCGUCUGAUCAAUAGCUGGAAGCCGUGGGAACGUCUCCAUGCAUCAUACUGGAUAGCAGAGACGAUCACAUCUACACGAAUCCGAUUAUUGCGCUGA